UUGAGUACAGUGUAGUAUCCUUGGACAUGGCUGCAAACGGAGACGGAGAUAUCACAGGUUGGAUAUUGCUUUCAACAUUGAACACACUACGAAAUGUUUAUGUCGUGUUUGCAGAAGACGCAAGAGACUUGGACGAGGAGCCACUAAAUCGAUCACUGCGAUCUCAAGCGCGCGAUUAUUUGGAAGUGUUGCAUCACCAGAAGCUGCAAGAUGGCACGGAAGUCCGCGAGGAGCGUUUGCUCGCUAUUAACGGCUAUCACGUGCGAGGACAGAGCCUGAAAGAGAUUCGUCAUCAGUUGUUAGGACGCACGAAGAGCAAGCUGACUAUCGAAUAUGGUUUCUCUUCUAAGGUUGAUGAAGGAUGUGGUAAGACCACAGAUGAUAAGGAUCAUGCUGCAGAUGAUGCGUCGAGUGCAAGACAGAAUAACGGAAUUCACCUGUCUGUAGACGAGGCUGUGGUAAAGAGGAGGAGACCUAAGACAAUGCCAACCAAUCCUGGUGGACGCUUAAAAUUAAAACCAAAAGUUGUUUCGCCUUUGGGACGAGCUCAGUCUGUGAGGAUUUCUGUCAGUAAUCAAAUGACAUUUCGUGCUGAUGAGUUUGAAUUUGGAGAAAUCUUAGGGAAAGGGUUUUUUGGGCAAGUUCAUAAGGUUCGACACAAGAAGACUGGGGAAAUUAUUGUUUUAAAGGAACUGUUAAACAUAGACAAAGAGGCUCAAGAUGGAUUUAUCCACGAGAUUCACUUGUUGCAGCAUCUGGAACAUAGGAACGUUUUGAAAUUUGUUGGUUUUAUGUUUAAAGACAAUGAAAUUAGUUUAUUGACAGAAUUCAUAUCUGGGGGAACUCUAAUUCAGAAAUUGGAAGAUAAGGCUGCUGUAUUUUCAUGGAAACAACGAGCUUUAUUUGCUAGGGACAUAUCUGCUGGAAUGGCUUACUUACAUGAUAAUUCAGUGAUUCAUAGAGACUUAACAUCACAUAACUGCCUCAUUAGAGAGGAUACAUCUGUUGUUGUUGCUGAUUUUGGACUGGCUAGAGUCUUUCCUUAUGAAUCGACUCAUGGACCAUCAUUUAAUAGACGAAGGAUGACAGUUGUCGGGUCUCCAUAUUGGAUGGCUCCUGAAAUGAUGAAAGGGGAAAUGUACGAUGAACGAGUUGAUAUUUUUUCGUUCGGCAUUGUACUUUGUGAGAUUAUUGGUCGUGUUAAUGCAGACCCAGACUUUCUUCCACGAACACAGAAGUUUGGUGUUGAUGAGGAUGCAUAUCGCUCAAGUUUGUUAUCAGACUGUCCAGAGCUGUUUUUUCAGUUUGCUUUACGUUGCGCACACGUCAGUCCUGAUGAACGGCCGACAUUUCAGUCAUGUGAGUCAUGGCUUAAUCGAUUCAUUUUUAACGUUGGAUCAGAAUCAAUCACCAGCUCCCCCUCUCUUGAUUCUUUACAGAAUAGAAAAUUUAUACAUGGAUAGUGUUUUAAAUUUAUAUAAUAGUUAAUUUGUUUAGCAAGUUCUAUCGGCAACAUUUUUUGCCUGUUUCUAUCGAGUAGUUUGGUAUGAGUGUAGCAUCAUUUAGAAAUGAUGUGAAUUGUUGUUGUUUGUACUUUUGUACUAAACAUUCAUCUGGGUUAGUAGAACAUUAAAAUAUAAAUAUAGAAUGGA